AUGCCUGAAAGUCAAAAGCCAUCAAGUAGAUGGAAUGCUAUACAACUGAGCAUCAUUUUUGGAUGCUUGCUAGUGAUUAGUGCACUACUCUACGUGAUUAUCCACCUGUUAACGCAACCUUCUGAAGUGACAUUCAAUUCACAUCUUACUCAACAUUCAGUGAACAGUGAUACAGAAACUAUAUUGAAAGAAAUUGCAUCAAAUGAAGAAACCAUCAUAACAAAUGCCAGUACAACGACUGACGAAAUCGCCUCACUUCCUGUUACUCCUUGUAAUGACUUUUAUCGUUAUGCUUGUGAUAAAUGGGAAAAGGAUAAUCCUAUACCAGAAGACAAGCAUAAAAUAAACACGUUUUCAAGCUUAAACAAGAAGAUCGAAAAAUACAUUUGGAGAUUAUUCGCUAAUUCAUCAUAUGCGACGAACGAUAUUCACUUAAAUAAUGUCCGCAAAUUUUACAAAUCUUGCGUCGAACGAGGCAAUAUAUCUCUUGAAGAUUUGAGAAGUCAAGUACGCCAGAUAAUUGCGAAAACCUAUGGUGAAUGGGAAUUAUUGCCAUCUACACAUCAAACUGUGACCGUAUCUUCGGAUGUUGUCAAGGAUAGUGGCAAACAGCUGAGUCUAUUAGACUUAUAUCUACCGUUAUUAAGCACAAGUGGAGGUAGCCCACUGUUUUCUUUAGAUAUUCAUGGAAAGUUUCCACCCACCAUUCAUAUUUCCAUAGCAGAGUAUUCAUUUGGAGCAGAAAGUUAUAAAACAGAGGAAGAAUCACUUUUAAUGGCACCUUCUUACUACGAAUUUGCUCAUACUCUGGGAGUGCCUGAGUCUGAAGCCAAUAAGCUAAUCGAUGCCUUUGAGUUAAGCUUUCGUCUUGCUCAUAAUUCGUAUUUUGCAAACAAACGUCCUUCAAGUAAAGGAAAACAAACAGUUGGAAUGGAUGAACUGAAGGCCAUCUGUCCACCGAUGGAUUGGGAAAAUCUAUUUGCAAAAUUAUUCAAGGAAACUGACUACAAAGAUGAUUAUCGAUUACUACCGAUAAUAGUGGAGGAUGCAAUGGCACUGAAACAUCAAUGUGUUUUACAUGAGAUUGAAAUGUCCACAAGUUCUGGAAGAAGUGCACUUCAUAAUAUGGCUGUUAUGGAAUUAUUAUUACCGCUGAUGGAUUUCAUUUUCUCUAAACAAGAUAAAUUAGUACCUAUGGAUAGCAAAGUGGACUCAGGUCUCAACCCAAAAUACUCAGAGUUCUGUAUUGAACGCUUGACAGAAAUCUUUCCUUGGACAAUUGAAAAACACUACAUUGCUCAACGCAUAAAAGACAAUCACCGAAAUGAGGUGGUCAAUAUGGUCAAAGAAAUAAAGGAAGCUCUGUAUAGUUCGAUCGAAGAAGUUACUUGGUUGAAUAAGAGGACGAAGAAAUUUGCUAUAGAUAAGAUUUCAAAUAUCACCGUCUUCGCUUCGUCCUACGACUUUAACAUGUCACAGUUUAAAGAGAAUUUAUCUCUGAUAUAUAAAUAUCCAAUUGACGAGGACACUUACAUCGUGAAUGAACAUUUUGCCCGAAAGUCAAAAUAUUUGGACAAUUCGAGAGGUUUUCUACUCGGUAUCCCUGAUCAAUUGGAGCAUUUUAUAGCAAGUCACAGGGCCAAAGCUUACUAUUUUCCCAAUCAUAAUCGCAUUCACAUUCAUGCGGCACUGCUCAAUCCACCAUAUUUUUCAGACGGGAAAGAGGAUUCAGUGAAAUAUGGAGGAUUAGGUUGGGUUAUUGCUCAUGAACUGUUACAUGCAGUCGACACAACAGGUUUACUUAUGGAUGAGAAAGGUGAAGACUUGCCAUCCAGUAUAUCCUAUGAAGGAUUCCUUGAAAUCUUGAAGCAAACAGAAUGUAUGCGUAAACGUCAUAGAAAUUACAAAUACACAAGUGAAAAGAGUGGAGGUGUUUUGACGCAAGGUGAAAUCAUAUCUGAUCAUGGCGGUUUGAAAGCAGCAUACAGAACAUAUCAAAGAUUGAAGAAAAACCCUCCACAAGAUGUUAAUGAAAACUCGAACUCCCCUUACACUUCUGAUCAAUUAUUUUUCCUCACAUUUGCUCAGACCCUUUGUGGAUACUAUAGUGACAAGGGAUUACUGGAACAAGCCAGAGAAGAUGUCCACGUUCUCCAUUAUUAUAGAGUGAAUGAUGUGCUGUUGAACAAUGAAGACUUCUCAAAAGCCUACAACUGUCCAGUCGCCUCGCCAAUGAAUCCCAGGCACAAGUGUCAUGUGUGGUGA